GGCAGUGCUGCUGUUGAUCCAAGCAUACCUCUAAGUCGUCUUCUAGCUCAGAGCUACAGCUACAGCUCGGAUAGCUCCACUUCGCCACACACUCCACUCACUCCUCGCACUACCUCACAGGUGUGUGGGCGCAAUAAUGUCUUCAGCUACAUGGAUGAGAGCCCACAUUCAAGUGGAUCAAGUGUUUCACGACACUCCUUUAAUUACUCACCAGGACCAACAAGCAUUGCACACAGGAUGAGAGCUUCCACUGCUAGUGAACCUGGUAGCCCAACCUUGGAAGAUGCAAUCUUGAUGGGGUGUCAGGACUCUGCUCCAUUUCCCCAUGAAGUGAGCUCGAGCAAAGCUGGCGAUAUCACAGCCAUUGCUGAUCUCGUGAGCUCACUGAACCUAGGUGCCAAUGCUAGUGCUAACAAUCAAGGAAAUCACCCAACAGUCGGUGUAACUCGUCAAGGUCCACUUCUUAAUGUAAAUCAGCAACAGCUGUUGCCAAAUGCUGCACUUUUCAAUCUACAACAGCAACACCAAGUGGGUAAUGUAAGCCAGCUGCAAGCAAACUUUAAUAAUAAUUCUAGCAUCAACCCACAAAAUGCUUUGUCACAGGUACCACAAGGUGUAGACUUGACAAGCCUAGCUCAGCUUCAAAAUGCUUGGUUAACAUCCCAGUUAUUUCCGGGCUUGAUGGAUGGGACAAGUUUGUUGAGUGGGGAGCCAAGAGCACCAGGCCCUCUUGCCAGCUUGUUGGCCAACCCAACAGACCCUUACUCCAUUGAAAAGGCAGCCAAGAUGCACAGGAAUGCUGCAGCUGUGUGUGAUGCAACCUGUACAUGGAGUGGACAGCUGCCAACAAGAGUACACAAAAAUCCUAUAUACUCCUGUAAGGUUGAAAACUUAAGAUAUAAGUACAAAGAAUACAGAAAGAGCUUUGACCCACACCUGUUAAGACUCACUGGAAGAUCCUUCAGAACUACAGGGUAUAUCAGAGAGGUCUAUGGAACUGAUCAUAGAUUAGUUGAGGCUACUCUUCGAGUCCACUUCAAAACUCAUUCAAAUGAUCACCCUGGUGGGACACCUUCAAGUGCAAAAUGCUCAAUGCAGCUCAAGAAUCAAUUGGUGAAUGCCCAAGAGAUUCAUCUGGAAGCUGACACUGGAAGCCACAGAUACUUGUCGCACAGGCUCGACUGUCAGGGGAUUGCAUCUUGCAUUGUUCCCUGCUCACCAGUGAUCUAG